AUGUUAGCUGGCAAGGGUGUCCGUGCCAUUUCGGUGAUGUGGGCAAUGACUUUGGUCUCUUUUAUUCUGGUGCCUCUUAGGCUCUAUACACGAAUCUAUAUCGUGAAGGGACUUGGAGUGGACGACCAUGUCUUCAAUUUGGCCUGGGUAUUUCUACUUCUUUACACCGUCUUUCUCACGAUUGCUGGUGUACAUGGAUUUGGACAACCCAUAUACACCUUGGAUUUGGACUCAGCCGCGAAGGCUAUCUAUAACGAACUGAUUGGACAAACAUUUGCCGUGUUAGGGAUGGCAAUUGCGAAGCUGUCACUGGGAAUCUUCCUGCUUCGUAUUGUUAUCAAGCAAUGGCAUCGUAUUUCAAUCUGGAUCUCGAUGGUCAGUUUGUUUAUUGUGUCGGUAUUGACCGCCCUCGUCCUCUGGGUCCAGCGUCUUCCAUCUCAAUCUGUAUAUGACUCUCGCGUUCCAGGGCGUACCGUUAUCCCUGUCACCCCUUUCUCCGUUUUGCUUGGCUGCUGGUGUGCUGCUGUGGACUUCUACUUUGCUCUUCUUCCAUGGAUCUUCAUUUGGAAUCUUAACAUGAAAUUCAAGGAAAAGAUGUCUAUCGCAAUCAGCUUGAGUCUAGGCUUCCUAGCCUGUAUUUGCGGGGUUAUCAGAACCGUUGAACUGGGCGGGCUGUCUAGCUCCAACUACACUGAGGAUACCGUUGACCUCAUAAUUUGGUCCGCCGUUGAACUGGCUGUCACCCUUAUCUGCGUUGGAAUCCCCACUGUCCGCCCCUUAUAUCGCACCCUUGUCCAUGGAUCGCAUCCAGAGAGCUCAGAGGGCAGAUAUGUCCAACAUGACGACUCCAAACAUUCCAGUCGCUUUCGCAUGCGGAACUUGGCAAAGGACGCUACGGCUUUUAGUGUUGUAGAGGAGGGGCAUACCGAGUCAUAUAUUACUGGACAUAGCCGGAGUGAUGAAGAGGCUCUGGUGGGUCAGUUUGGAAGCGGUAAUGGGGGUAUUCGUAUUCAAGAAGAGGUGCGAGUGGAGAGAGUAUAA